AUGUUAGGGCGGGAGCGCUUGGAAUGGGAAGUGGCCAGUCGCAAGAUUGGAGUGGUGGUGCUUGAUGCUGAUCCUCCGGCCAAGCCCCAGUGCGCUGCAAUGCUGGUGCCGCAGGGGCGGGAGCUAGACUGGAUCUUUUCGUCAAAAGCAGGGCAGGAGCAGCUACUGGCAUCAUCUGGCGUUGCGACGCUUAUUCUCCUCUCCAGGGGAGGGCUUGGAUCCGAAGAACAAGCUCCAGCUCUGGAUGAAUGGGAGCUUGACGAAGAAGAGGACGAAGACGAGGAGCUCAAGAAAUUCCUAGGCCCGUUUCUCCUCCAGCUUGUGAGGAACAAGGCGGGGCUAGACGAGAUACAAGAGGUUCCAUUCGCGUGCUACCAGGACAAUGUGGUAUGGUCUCGGGUUCUAGAGCGAGCUUACUCUCGCAAAACAGGCAUGAUGCUCGUCGAGGACGUCCGCCUCGAGGGUGGCCAUCUCCGGAGGAGGCUCCGCUUCAAGAGCCUUCCAAAUCUCAUACAGACCGAGGUGCCGCUGCUGGGUGGCGAUCUUGAUCUCGGUCUCGAUCGAACGGACUCUCCCUCGGCCUGUUCGAUCGAUCACGGGGUGCUGGUUCACGCGUACUUGGCCCCGCUCGUGGCUGGCUUCAGCUUGAUCAGCCGCUGCCUUGAGUCGUGCUCGGCGGCGGGAGAUCCCGCGGGGGUGCUGUGCGUGGGGAUUGGAGGCGGAGCUCUGCCGAUGCGGCGCUUUGGUCUCGUCCCCGCCGAGAAUCUCCGCGUCCAUGUGGAAGACGGCGUGGAGACUGUGAGGAACAUCGCUAGAUCGCGGCUCGAGGACGGUGGUGGUGCCGAGAAGGAAAAGGUGGCGGAGCAUUUCUUCCACGCGAUCGUGGUGGACGUGAGCGACGGAUCAUCGAGGAGCUGCCCCCCGGAGGAAUUCGCGGAGGGGGAGUUCCUGCGCGACGCUCGAUCGGCGCUGGAUUCCGGAGGGAUGCUGGCGAUGAAUGUGAUGCCCCUGGGGGAAGAAUCACACCGUGGGCUGUUGAAACGCAUUGGUGAGGUUUUCGACGAGGUUUACCAGUUGGAAGUGAGCAGCGGUGACAACUUUGCUGUUUUCGCACUGAAGAAUCCUUUGCGUGGUGUUUCGGUGCCACUCACUUGUAAGAUUGGAAACUUGGUUGGCAGUGAGCUGCUAAACAAUAUAUUCAAAGUUGAGACUUAUAUUUCUUGUGGAAAGAAAGCUUGGGAUCGCAAACGAAGUUUUCUUGCUCGGAGAAUCAAAAUUUGCUCUGGUCUUUACUCGUAG